CCAUGGCAUCCAACAGCUGAGCUCAAAUCUCUGGGAAAAGUUACUCCCUUUUUAUCUCUCUGAGCUCACAGUCGGCCAAAUGUCAUACUCUGCUCCGUCACAUUUGUUUGUGUCCAGGGACAUGGCUCGGCAAGAAGGAAACUUAAAAAUAUCUGCAAAUAACUGACUCUCCAGGGGAUGGACCGUGUAUCUUACCAGCUCCAGCAAGAUAUAAAAGUUAUAGAUUUCUGCCAUGUACAUGGAGACGUUAUGAGGGGAAAAAGGAUAUUUGGGAAGGAUUUUUUUCCAUUUGCUUGGAUAAUGGAUGGAGAGACUUUAACAUCGACAUUUUUACCAACACUAAAUGCAUCUCUGGGUUCUGCUAUGACAUUGGAGCAGAAGACAACCUUUGCCUUUGUGGUUCUGUUGUUCAUCAUUUUGGGAGUCCUUAUCAUCAGAUGCUUUAGGAUUCUUCUGGACCCUUACAGAAGCAUGCCAACAUCAACUUGGGCAGAUGGGAUUGACGGACUGGAGAAAGGGCAGUUUGAUUAUGCCCUGGCUUAGAUGACUGAACAGAAAUAACAUGGCACGAGACAUUUAAUGACAUCUAAAUAAAUAAUUAUUUUCAGUCACAGAUAUGGGAUCUAUUAUCAGGAAAACCAUUAUCCAGAAAUCUAUGGAAUACAGCAAUGCAAAUUCCAGUCUCCUGUUUACAAAUUAUUGCACAUUUUUGGCUGGUUUGUUCCGUAAUAAGACAUUACCUCGAGACCUAGUAACUAAACUAGCAUACAUCCAUAUUCAUGGAAAAAACUUUUUUUUUUUUUAAAAAAAAUAUGUUUUGUAGUACAGAAAGACCCCUUAUCUGAGAAGCUCUAGGUCCCAAGCUUUCUUUAUAAUAGAUCUCAUGCCUGUCCAAGGGUGUAAUGAAGAAAACGCCUUAUUAAAGUAAUUUUAUAUUUAGCAUUGACUAAAUAUUUUUCAGUGUAAUAUCAAUUAUUACAAAUAUAUAUAUAUUUUAUAUUAUAAAAAAGAUGCUUUCUUUUGUUGUAGGGUAAAGGGACAUACAGAACCAAUGAAAGUAUAUACAAAACUGCUAUGUGUGUGUAUGUGGUGUCCACUGAAAUUCAAGAAAUUUACUGGGCAUCAUGGGAAAUAUAACAUUAUUAUUUUCCAAAGCAGAGCUGUGGAUGAGAGAUGAUUGUUAUUAGACCUUUCUUAGCUAAAAAGGAUAUUGCAUGAUGGUCAAUACAGACUGUAAGAAGAUGACCAGAGUAUGAGUGAACAGUCUAGCAUAUUGUUUCCAGAUUUUCAGUUUUCAUUGUGAAGCCCCAGUCUCAUAUGUGGGUUUGUUUGAUGUAAAAACAAAAAAGUCCUUUGAAGCAUGAAAGAUGAGAGAAGCUUUCCAUGUCAUGCUGCUGUAAUGAAUUCAAUAAGAUUUAUAAUACUG